UAAUUGCGGCAAAAGUCCCCAAAAACUUGAGGUUGAUGCCGAUUAGUCCUCAACCUCAAAAAUUGGCGGUGAAAAUACCCAAGGUGGACAAAGUUGUUUGUCCGUUCAUACUCAGUCCGUUAGUGAGACUAACGGGACACGUGGACGCACCAGAUUUAAUCUCCCUUUUUUUUAUUUUCCCCUAAAAUAUAAAAGUAUUAAUUAAAAAAAAUAAAUAAAACCUAAAAAAAGAAAUAAAACAAAUUAAUAUAACAGAUUAAUUAAACUAAUUAAUUCAAAACCUGAAAACAUUUCAAAAAAAAAAACAAACUUCAUUACAGAAGUAAAAACCAAACACUGAAGAACACGAAAUCGAGGCCCUCUGUCCACACCCAAACCCUAACCACGAAUUUGAAACUAAAUCCCUCAAAAUCGAAGGCGAACACUGUGUAUCCAUUAAAAUGCAGUCGAUUUUUUGAAUAUUGACCCCAUUCGAAGAGCAUUCCUAAGCUAAAUCCCUAAAGGUUGAAGAUAAAGCAAAGGAGGUCCCCAAAAAACCAGUCGUAUAAUGGAGGACGACGAUGGUGAAGGUUUGUAUUUUAGUGUGAACAUGCACCAUGGGGGUUCUUGGUGCACUAGAAAUGGGUUGAAACACUAUGUGGGUGGCACUACAACCGAGUUUGAUAAGUGCCAUACAGAUUUCUUCAACAUGAUGGAACUUGAAGGGAUGCUUUUGCAAGUACAGUGGUGUCAUGGUUCCCCUCUGUAUUUCUGGUUUAAGCCUAAAGACAAAGAACUACAUGAUGGAUUUGAGCUUAAGACUGACAAGGAUUUGUUGGCUAUGUUUGAGGACAUGAGACAACAGAGAUAUAGGAAGGUGGAUGUUUAUGCUGAUUUAUCUGGAACUUUUGGAGGCAACAAUGGUGAAUUAGCAAUUGUGCCUGUUGAUGCAAAUGUCAGUGUUGAGAAUACACCACCUGCUGGAAGUAAGCUGAAAAGAUGCAUAAUAGAGGAGCUACCAGAUGAUGCAAAUGUCAUUGUUGAUGCUCGGGUAAAAGUCUUGGAACCGGAUGACUAUGUUAUGUCCAAAGCAGCAAUGAGGGAUGUUGAAGAGGAAUUGGCAGAGAAUUUACAGGAUUCCAGUGGUGAUUCUGAUGAUAGGGUUGAUGAGUUUGUUGUGUACAUGCCAGAUAUUGACAUGCCAGAGUUUGACAUGGAAGAUGGUGUUGGAGGAAGUGAUGAAGACACUGAUUCUAGUGUCCAAAUUAUUGAGACAGUGGUGGAUAUUGAGUCUGAGAAUGAGGGCCCAACAGAGGAAGCCCAUUUACACCCCAAUACCCAAACACAUGCCCAAAAUAUAUUUGAAACACCAUCCAAACCAGAAAAAGCCCAAACCAGUAAAAGAACACCAAAAACCAGAUCCCAAACACAAGGCAAAACUGGCCAUUUAAAUCCCUGCACAUCACCCAAUAGAAGGUCCCAAUUAACAUCCAAAACACCACUACCAACCAAGAAAAAAAGUUGCCAGACUGAGCUGUUCCAAUCACCCAAAAGUAGGUCAAACACUCCAUCCAAAACACCACCCCUAACCAGGAAAAACAAAGGGCAGUCAGACCUCAACAAACCACCCAAAAACAGAGCUCAAACAACAUCUAGAACUAGGAAAGGAGAGGGUUGUUCGAGAACACCACAAACCAGAUCCCAAAGAGCUUCUACAACACCUCAAAACAGUGACACAUUAGCCCAAACACCACCCUGUACCAGAUCCAGUAAUGUAUCUCAAACACCACCCCAAACCAGAUCCAAAAGUGUAUCUCGAACACCAGCUCAAACUAGACAGAGAGUAAGAGAAACACCAUCCAAAACACCAACCCAAACCAGAAAAAGACCAAGAGAAACACCAACCAAAACACCAACCCAAAGCAGAAAAAGAGGAGGAGAAACACAAACCAAAACACCAACCCAAACCAGAAAGAGACCAAGACAAACACCAUCCAAAACACCAACCAAGAAGAAAACAAACCAAUCAGUGGAAGAGGAAGAUUUUUUGGAAGAGGAAUAUGCUCCAGAUACCCAAGAUCCUGAAUUAGCAGAAGAAGGAGCAGCUGACCCUAGCCAAUGGUGGGGGUCAGUCAAUGAUCUAUGCAGUCAAGCUUACCAAGAUGAUGAUGAUGGUGGGGGAUAUGAAGAGGAUGAUGAUUUGGUCAGCUUGGUCAGUGAUGAAGAAGAUGGACCAGUGCUUAAAAAGAAACACAUUGAGUUUGAUCCACACUUCAAGCCUGAGAACAUCAAGUUUGAGUUGGGAAUGGAAUUCCCUACUGUUGAGCACUUGAGGGAAGCAUUGAAGGAGCAUUUCAUCAGCAUUGACAGGCAGUACAAGUAUAUUCACAAUGACAGGUUAAGAAUUAGAAUUGUAUGCCAAGGAGAAGGCUGCAAAUGGUUAAUGUAUGCUCGAAGGAUGAGAGAUGAUUGCACUACAAUGCGAAUCAACAAAUUUGAGGAAGAACAUAACUGUGGAAUUUUAUGGGAGAACAGGCUGGUAGAUGCUAAUUGGAUUGCAAAAGAGUUCUUGGAGAAGUUCAGAGCAAAUCCAGCCAUGUCUUUUGGUGAUUUCAAGAAAGCAAAUCCUGAGGGUAAGUACUCCAAACUUUCCUCCUGGACUUUUUAUCGAGCUAAGAACAAAGCAAUGGCCAAGAUACAUGGAACCGUUAAAGAUCAAUAUGCUAUUCUGCAUGAUUAUUGUGCUAUAUUAGUGAAACUGAAUCCUGGUAGCACAGCUUUCAUCAGAACAAGCUUAGUGGAUGAUGUAAGGUAUUUCGAGAGGGUUUACAUAUGCCUUGCAGCAUGUAAAGCUGGUUUCAAGUUCUGUAGGCCCAUCAUCGGGUUAGAUGGUUGCUUUUUGAAAGGGUAUUGCAGGGGUAUGUUGCUUGUAGCCAUUGGUAUAGAUGCAAACAACAGCAUGUUUCCUCUUGCAUAUGCUGUUGUUGAGAAGGAAAACACUGAUAGUUGGACUUGGUUUGUGCAACUACUGAAAGAGGACCUGGAUGUACAAGACACAAAAUUGUUCACAUUCAUUUCAGACAGGCAGAAGGGACUGGAAAGGGCUGUAGCAGAAACUUAUGAAGGUUCUGAAAUACGUUUUUGUGUUAGGCAUCUUUAUGCCAACUUCAAGAAGGAGUUCCCUGGAUUGUUGUUGAAGCAACAAUUAUGGGCUUGUGCUAGAGCUACAACAGUGGAAGAAUUUAAAAGGAGAAUGGAUGAACUGAAGGAGACUAAUGCAGCAGCUUUUGAAUGGUUGUCCAAAAAGUCACCAUCUGAAUGGACCAAGUCCCACUUUAGGACUUUCAGUAAGUGUGAUAUGUUGCUAAAUAAUCUCUGUGAGAGUUUCAACUCAGCCAUACUAGAUGGAAGAGACAAGGCAAUCAUAACUCUGUUAGAGUAUGUAAGAUACUGGCUGAUGGAUAGAAUGAGAAAGCAAAGAGAAAGUGUUAGUAAGUGGACAAAACCAAUUGGGAAGAGAAUCUUUGAUAUCCUGCAGAAGAAUAGGAAGUUAGCAAUGAAAUGUCAGUGUACAAAAUCUGUUGGAGGCUUGUUCCAAGUGACAGUGUCUACUGGCCAGGUGGAAGCAACAAAUUUGGAGACCAAAACAUGCUCUUGCAGAACUUAUGACCUCACAGGUAUUCCCUGUGGUCAUGCAUUAGCUUGCAUAUGGUAUUCCAAUCUCAGUGAGUAUGAUUUUCUUGCUGAAUGUUACAAGAAAGAAGCCUUCUUAGCAACUUAUGAAGGGUCAAUUGCACCUAUGCCUGGUCCUGAACAUUGGCCUAAUAAAGGCCUGAAUCCAAUCCUUCCACCAGCAGAAACUGUUCUACCUGGCAGGCCUAAGAAAUCAAGGAGAAGAGAAGUAGAUGAACCUCCACCUGGUGCAACUAAAAUGAGGAGAUUCGGGCAGUCUAACAACUGUUCUAAUUGCAAAAAACCAGGCCAUACAAAGACCACUUGCAAACAACCAGUACAGGAGAAGGAACCUCCUCAGAAGAAAAAGAUGGGUCGUCCUCCCAAGAAGAAUCCAGAUCCUCAAACUGUUAAGAGGAACAUGAGGAGAACCAAGCAGCAACAAAGGGAAUCAAGAAACACUCAACCACCAUCAUCUGCAAAUUAGUUGCUGCACUACUCAACUUUUGUAUUGUAUUUUGGAUUAUGUCAUAGUAAUUAAGGCCAUAUUUUGUGAACACCUUAGAUGGCAUAUUAUUAGUAGUGCUUUGUGCUUUGAUGACAGACUUAAAACAUUGCCUUUGUGCAUUUUUAAUGGUAUCUGUAGAAUGUAAUAUUGUAUGAUCUUUUUGAUCACAUUGCCUACUGCUUUGUGCUUUGAUCAGUAAAUUAGAACAUUGCCUUGUGCUUUUUUAAA